AUGUCCGAUCAAGACUCUAGGCAGUAUUCAGCCGCCUACAGAAUACCAUUGAUCAAAGCACCAACGCUUCGGAUACCGAAACCAAUUCAACUCCCACCAGACAUCCAUCCUUUGCCUGAUGAUGUAGCGCCAUAUUUUGCCUACCCUUUCACCCUCGAACCUCACACCUUAACUCUCGAAUCAUCCCGUCAAAUAACGCUUCAAUCGCACCAAUCCCGUAACUCCGCUUUUCUUCGGAAUCGAGAGGACGAAAAGACUCUGAGAAAACGAGAGGCGUUGCGGAAAAUAGCGCCUGGUUUCGAACCAAGCAGUGGUCCACUCGUCCCGACCAAAGUACUAGUCCAUUCGCGGCAAAGUUCAGCCACUACUGCUGGGGUGGGGGUUGACUUUUUUGGUGAUGAUCGCCAAAAAGUGACGCCACAUGCUCCUCACUCUGAGGAUAUUUCCGAGGCUAAAGUGAGGGACGUUAUGGAUGACCUGGUGGAUCAGUUGGCAGCGAUGGACUCUGAAAAGCCCGAUGGCGCACGGUAG